AUGCCAUUAGAUUUCUCAUCUGACUGUGAGUGUCCUAACUGCUUGGAGAGUAUACAGAAUGAGUCUGACUGGAAUCCCCGUUUCAACAAGAGCCAGAGAAUGAUACCAAAGAAGACCAAUCUGAAUCUUGAGGGCCUUACAAGGAAAACCAGACCACUGAGAGAGGUGACUACCCAAGAGUUACUGAGUGAGUUUGGGGAUAUUGGGAAGUUCCAACCAAACUCCAUGUCUGUAGGCCACUUUAGAGAUCAGGUGGUAAUGAAGUUCAGAAGAGCUCUGUAUUAUUCUGGAAUUUGGGUGACACAUGUUCAAGGCUACAGACUUGAAAAGCACUUGUCAGCUAAUUAUUUCAAGAGAAAUCCUGGUUGCCUACAUCGGCUCGUCCCUUGGCUGAAACGGGAACUAACAGCUGUUUAUGGAGAUUAUGGCUACACGGUGAAGAAUAUCCUAUCUACCAUUCUCCAUCACAUGACAGAAUAUGAUCUAGACAGUGAGUCCUUCAUUCACCUUCUGGAGCCUUAUCUCCAAAAACACACCCACCAUUUUCUGCAUGAGUUUAUCAGUUUUGUUCAUUCACCUUACAACAUGGAGACCUAUGACUAAUGAGCCAUCUAUCAAUGUCCUUCUGCUUCACCAUGGGUAAAAAAGAAGUCCAAUACAUCAGCUCCUGUUUACUCUUUGCCUAAAGAUCAUGCUCUACUGGCAUCUCAACAUGAUACAAUGCAGUCAAAAAAAGGCCAGGUCCAGUGGAAUAAUGAACAGAAGCCCCUGUCAGGCUUGAAAGAGUUUCCAAAUGCAAUUUUUCAUCAGGGGCAGCCACAGAAGUCUAGUCUAAGAGAAAGAAGGGUUUUGAGCCAUGGCCAACAGAUUAAUAUCCAGAAAAAAGAAGCAGAAAAAAAUAAACCCUCAGAAUCUUCACCAAAGAUCUUUCAAAGAUUGCCUACAGAAAGAUCCUUGAUAAAUUGCAAAUCCAGAAAGAGGGACAUCUCUUGGAGUUGCACUUCAGAAACUGCCCUUUCUUUUAAGAGAGAUGAUAGGAAGCUGAGCUAUUACAGAAAAAAGAGAAUGAAAUCCAAAUCCUGGUGUGUUGAACUUACAGAAAGAUCUGUAAGCAGAGAAUCAAGUAACUCCUCUUUAAGAGGCCACAAAAGUGAACAUUGCACUCAGUAUAUAUACUGUGAGCCCUCAAAAGAAAAGAAUGUCCAUGGCUAUGAAUCUAACUAUGGGAGGACAUCAUCAGCCACAGUCCAACACGUGACACUUCUUCAACUGCUGGGAAGAGACCCAAGUGCCCUAGAGGUGACUGGCGCCUCCCAGGCUGAAAGCCACUGUGACAGUCUCAGAUGCCUGCAGCCUGAGAAACACAGAUGCCUGAGCAAACAAGAGAGGAAGGAAAAGGUCACAUUUCCUGGAGCUGGAAAAACCAGAGAGGUUAGGCACAGAAAAAACAAAUGCCAGUGGUUAGAUAUAACCACAAAGGGAGUCAGUGAUAAAAUGGGGGAUCUGGAAGAUGCAAGACAAUGGAGUAGUCUUUCUGAGUGUGCACCUUCCUACAGGUGGCAAAUCCAAAAGAAAAGCAGAAUUCAAGCCUGCAGAAAUGUUACCUCGCCAAGAAAGGAGACAAAAUAUCAGAAUCACUGA